AAAUUGCAUAUUUUAAAUAAAAUAACAUGUAUUUACAUACAAAACUAGAAAGUCUAAAUAGGAAACUAGAAGGGAAAAAAGAAAACUAACUAAGUACAAUUAAUCUUAAAUUCUACAUUGUACAACUCGUAUAUUCUAACAUCAACUAAUCCACAUUACUUAUUGUGUUUAUUUGAGACUUGAGAGUAGAUUGUUCUAGUUAUUGAUUUGUCUAAGGUUUCCUUAAUAAUAUUCUUCAUUAAAAAAGUAAGGAGAAUACUUAUAUUUAUAGUAGUAGAAAUUAGUCAAAUUAUAAGUUUAAAAAUAGAAUUAGACCAGUUUAUAUUUUUUUUUAUAAUGAAAUACGUAAAUAUAAUAGAAGAGAGUCUGUAGUCAUAUUCAAAUAUGUAGAACAAAAGUAAUGAAUAUAAAAUGACAAACUAAUGUUGUACACAAAUUUUUCACUUGUUGAGUUUCUUUUAUUUCUCUAUAUAUAAGCGAUCUUAUUUUAACUACUACGUACUUAUGUACGCAUUAGAAUUAAUGAUCACAUAUAAAUGUUAUUUUAGGGAAAACCCAUAUAGUUUGGAACCUUACAUCGAAAAAGUUAAAACUAGAUGCAUGGAUCUCAAACACAAACGACUCAUUUUUGAAGAAGACAAAGUGGAGGACAUUCGUUACUAUGAUCUCGUGAAAUUGUCAAAAAGUCCUACAACGGGAGUAAAGAUCCUUACACAACUGGUUUCACCUCUGGGUUAUGUUCAUGAUCUACAACUUUUUGAUGGCUCCAAGGAAAACUCUAAUAUGGUACCAAUGGACAUUGUGCUAGAGAAGACAAAAAAGCUACUCUUGGUGUUGGGGUCAAAGCAAAACAUGUCUAAUGAUGAUAUUGACCUACUCAGACGCAUUCAAUUUGAGAAAAUAAAGAAUGAGACAAAUACUUGUGGUGGUGAUGAUGAAAAGUAGUGUGCAAUUAUUUGGCUGCCAAUAGAUAAAGAUCAUAAUAACCUAAUAACAAAUUCAUCAAUAGAUGAGAGCUUUCUAAAAUCGAAGAACAUUGAAUGGUAUACUUUAAAUAAGUAUGUUUCUGACCAAGGAAGCCUCAAGUUCUUGGAGGAAAAGUGGGAUUACAAGGGCACUAGUCCUAAUGUUGUUGUGAUGGACGUGCCCACAGGCAAAAUUGAAAACACAGAUGUCUUCUACGCCAUGCGUCUUUGGGGCUUAGAUACCUUUCCUUUUGACCAACACUCACUCCAAAUAAAACGCAAACAAAUGAGUUUUCUUUUCAACGACUUCUCCUUUCCUUCCAAACAUUAUUUAGCUAACUGGAUCCAAGAAGAUGAAUACAUUAUCUUGCAUGGAGGAAAAGAUGAGAAUUGGGCCAAAGAGAUUGAAGGAAAAAUAAAUUUUUUCAAUGAGAAUGUUAAUGUAGAUCAUAAGAUUAAGCAUCUCAACAUUUAUAAAGAGAAAGUUGAGGUGAGCUUUGAAGAGCUAUUUUGGAGAGGUGUGUAUUGUUGGUCAAUAAAAUCAAACAAGGUUCAAAAUGAUUCUUAUGAUGACAUGAAAAAACAACUAGACAGGCUAUGUUGUUUAGCGAAAGCCAAAGUAGGAUGGUUUGUGCUCAACAAAGGGCCAGUCACAAUACUCAUUGGCUCGCAACAGACGUUGGAGAAAAUGGUGGAGGACAUAAAAAUUUGGAAGAACAAUGUUAAGAAAAAUACUUUCGAAGUUGCUUUCAAAGAGUUUCACGAAAAGAUUUUUGACAACCUUCAUCAAGAUCAAGGCUUUGGUAUGGAGAACAAAAAGACUACUUUAGGAAAAGAUAACAGUGAAGAUUGUUGCAUCAUUGAGUAUCCAACCGAGGAGGGGAAGCUGAGAAUUACGAUGGAUUGCCCUAACUGUCAUCAACUCAUCAAGAAGAGUAUUAUUGUCAAUUAUAUGUGCCAGAAAUAAAUAAAUAAAUAAAUCAUGAAUAAUCUAAGUAAUGGAUCGUUACAACACUAUAUGUAUUGCAAUUUAUAGGAUUUGGAAAAAAUAUGGCUCUAUUUUGAGACUUUUCUUCACUUAUAUUUUUUAAUUAAAUAAUAAAAUUAUCAAACCUAUUACUUGUGACUUUUAUAUACAAAAGUAUGAAUAAAAUGUUAGAAUAAUACUUUUGUAUAAAAUAAUAUAUUA